UUACUCCCUACUCCUUUCUGUUUGUUUCAUUGCUUUCUUCCUUCCUAAUACUGGAGUUGUACUAGUCUAUUUCCAUCUCAACAUGCAUGAUUCCCAGAGAGUUCUUUGCUUAGGUUCACCUACCGAUUAAUUUCUUGGAUACUAGCUGCUACUCGUAUUAUAUACAGAGUAGUUUGUUGAUUCUUCUCACACAAAAAACCUUACCUGCUACUAGCUACUAGCUUCUUCUGGUGUGGUGUUUAACUGUUUAUAGAGUGUCCUUGACGUAUUCUGAUAGCUCCACCUGUCGGCUUGAAAUUUCUAGAGGAAACUAGCUUAGGUGUCACCUGUUGCUGCUUCCUACUAACAUGAAGUCUCUAGACCAAAAGAAAAAAAGAGGAGAGUAUACUAGUCAUUUUGCUCUAUCAAUUCUACUAUUUACGUGAUCACACAGGCUCUCCAUACAAAUAUGAUGUGAAAUUUCUGAUGAAUUGCCUCUUGUUCAUACUCAUGACUUGGGCAGUGUGACAUCCUUUCAGGGCUUGUUCAGCUUGAACGCCGGCUCAUCAUUUCAAAGGUAUAGAUGGCACACGCAAACAAGAAUCACAUUGAGUCAUUUCCACCUCCUGGGAAAAAGAUAACAAUCGUGUUCGUCAUAGGUGGCCCUGGCAGUGGCAAAGGCACUCAAUGUGCCAAAAUUGUUAAGCAGUUUGGCUUUACACAUCUGAGUGCUGGUGAUCUCCUUCGUGAAGAAGCAAAAUAUGAUACUGAACAAGGUACAAUGAUCAAGAAUCUCAUGAAUGAAGGGAAGCUUGUGUCAUCUGAUCUCAUCGUUAAGCUACUAUUUAAGGCCAUGCGAGAAAGUGGGAAUGAUAAGUUCCUUGUUGAUGGAUUUCCACGAAAUGAAGAAAAUCGACAUGCGUAUGAAAAUAUUAUCCACAUUGAGCCAGAGUUCCUGCUGUUCAUUGACUGCUCAAAGGAAGAGAUGGAGCGGCGCAUUUUGAACCGAAACCAGGGAAGAGAUGAUGACAACAUCGACACUAUUAGGAGACGCUUUGAUGUUUUUCAGCAGCAAACUCUUCCAGUUAUUCAGUACUAUGAGAAAAGGGGGAAACUCAGAAAGGUUGAUGGUAACCGACAGGUAGAUGAAGUUUUCGAAGACGUUAAGGCCAUUUUUGCUCAGUUGAACAAUCAGAAAAUUCAUGGUGGCCAGCAAGCUAGUGGUUUGAGCAGAGCACAAAUGAAUCCAUUGAAACGUUGGUUCUUUGACUUUUUCUGCGGUGAGCAACUAACCUCCAUUAGCAAGUUUCAGGUUGCUUUGGGACUAAAGAAGAAGCAAGAAACUGACAGUAGAAAUGAAAGUGACAUGAUCUCUCUGCGUGUGUGUGGUGGACUGUGGAGUACCUAGAGGCUGGUGCAGAAUUUCAGAAAGAGAGAGAACAAAAAACUUGUGAUGUCUUGAGUUACUACUAGUAUAUAUGGUGAUGGUGUGUUGUGCUAGUUGACUGUUUCGGUUCAAUAGUCUAGUGUGACCUGUGAAGAUACUGCAUGUUGGCUUGUUUGGUUUGUUGAUUGCAGCUUCGAGAUUCAUUAUUAUUGUUGGCUAAAAAAUCUGUGUGAUUUAACGUUAGUUAAUAAUAAAAGAGAGUGGGGAAUUUAUCCCAUCACCUUAUGUUUUUCUUUUAAUAAA